AUGUUGUUGAACGGCAAGUGGCAGCUCAUGCUGUCUUCAUCUAUUCACCCAACCCAGGAAGAGGACCCCGACCAGUGGUGUUGCACCGUCUCUCCGGUUCAAUGCUGCCUCGUUGCCCCUCCGGGCCACGAACUGCUUGGCCCUCGGGCGUUAAAUGUCAUAUCCAACCAGCAUGAUUGGUUGUUUGCCGCUCUGGGGAAGAUGGCGGCACAUGCAACGCAAAUGUCCCCUUUCGGCUUAACCGAGAAUGCAAGCGCGGCAUGCACCGGCAAUACGGAGCCCAGCAACCGGCAACGCACCAACGGCUGGCUGGGCGCUGGCAAACAAACCAUCACCAUGAGCCGAGCUGGCCAACAUUCUUGUCCCUAUCCCUCCUAUCCCUUUCUCCCCUUCCCGCAAUUGGACUUGACCCUUUCUUCAACUCCCCUUUCUCUGGCUCAAUUGAACACCGCUCGCUCCGGAUCUCCGUGCAAGGCCCCAUCGUGCUCGUCUGCAACAAUGUCUGCUGUCACCCGUGGCCUGCGGACGGCAUCGAAGCAGCUUCGCGUCUCUCGUUCCUCGUGGCUCUCCGUCGGCCGCUCGGCCUCCGUCGGCGCUGCAGCUCGUGUCUUUGCGACUCCGUCCUCGACAUUGCGCAGCAACUUUUCCACCUCUGUCACAAGACAUUCUGGUGCGCCCGUCAUGGCUUCUCAACCGCGCGAGUACGAUCCUGAGAUCAAGGACAUUGCCGACUAUGUCGCCAACAAGGCCAUUGACUCUGACCUGGCUUUCGAUACUGCCCGAUGGAUCCUCCUCGAUACCCUCGGCUGUGGUCUCGAGGGUCUGAGAUUCAAGGAGUGCACCAAGCUUCUUGGCCCCAUUGUCCCUGGCACCGUCGUUCCCAACGGCACCAAGGUUCCCGGCACUCCCUUCGUCUUGGACCCCGUCAACGGCGCCUUCAACAUUGGUGCCAUGAUCCGAUGGCUCGACUUCAACGACUGCUGGCUGGCCGCUGAGUGGGGUCACCCCUCGGACAACUUGGGUGCCAUCUUGGCCGUCGCCGACUGGAUCAACCGCACCAACAAGGCCGGCGGUAACCUGGCCGGCGGCAAGAUCUAUACCGUCAAGGAUGUGCUCGAGGCCAUGAUCAAGGCCCACGAGAUCCAGGGCUGCCUGGCCCUGCUCAACUCGUUCAACAAGGUCGGCCUGGAUCACGUCGUGCUUGUCAAGGUUGCUUCCGCCGCCGUCGUCUCCAAGAUGCUCGGCCUCAACGAGAAGCAGAUUGCCGACGCCGUUACCCAGGCCUGGGUUGACGGCCAGUCUCUGCGAACCUACCGCCACUCCCCCAACACCAUGUCUCGCAAGUCUUGGGCUGCCGGUGAUGCUUGCCAGCGUGCCGUCAACCUGGCUCUCAAGGUCAUGAAGGGCGAGCAGGGUGUUCCUACCGUGCUGUCUGCCCCUACUUGGGGCUUCUACGAUGUCCUCUUCAAGGGCAACAAGUUUCAGUUCCAGCGUCCUUAUGGCAGCUACGUCAUGGAGAAUGUUUUGUUCAAGGUCUCCUACCCUGCCGAAUUCCACUCUCAGACCGCCGUCGAGGCCUCCGAGAAGAUCUUCCACCAGCUCAAGGCCAUGGGCAAGUCCGCUGCCGACAUCAAGGCCGUCACCUGCCGCACUCAUGAGGCCUGCAUCCGCAUCAUUGACAAGCAGUUCAAGCCCAUGGACAACUUCGCCGACCGUGACCACUGCAUUCAGUACAUGUGCUCCGUCAUGCUCGUCUUUGGCCGCCUCGAAGCCACCGACUACACCGACGGCGGCGAAGCUGCCACCUCUGAGCUCGUCGAGUCCCUCCGCAAGAAGAUCAAGUGCGUCGAGGACACCCAGUACACCCAGGACUACCACGACCCCGCCCUCCGAACCAUCUCCAACGCCCUCACCGUUGAGCUCAACGAUGGCACUGUCCUUGACGAGGUUGCUGUUGAGGCUCCUCUCGGCCACCGUCUCCGUCGUGAGGAGGCCAAGCCCGUCAUCCUUGCCAAGUUCAAGCGCCACCUCGAACCUCACUUGUCGGAAAGCCGUGUCAAGGAGCUUGUUGAGCUCAGCCAGAACAGCAGCAAGCUUGACAACAUGUCUGUUGACGAGUAUGUUGACCUGUACACUGUCAAGGAGAGCAAGUUCUUGUAA